GUUUAAUCACUGCUCAAAUACAAGUUACAAAGGUUCAUAUUGGUAUUUCACCCAUAUCUGAGAGUUAAAAGGAGCUAGCACUGAUCAUGUCAGUCAUGCACUACGCUACUGGAUGUAUCAUCACUUUUUUCUUGUACAUCUCUGUAUCUGAAGCGCAAUCAGAAUAUGACUAUGACUAUGACAUAAAAAAAAACUGCACCACAUCUGAAUCCAUCAUUGGAGGCACGGUGGAGUAUUCAAAUGGCAGUGUUGAGGGUAGUCUGCUAAUUUAUCGCUGCAGGGAUGGAUUUGAACCUUAUCCAAUCAGCCAGAAAGUCUGCAGCUCUGACGGAGAAUGGGAGCCUAGGAUAUCCAGGGUCAAAUGUGAAGAAACAAGUGAUUAUGGAGAUUAUGAGGAACCACAGAAGAACUGCUCUUUGGAAGUGUCCAUAAAGGGAGGAAGUGUGUCCUACUCCAAUGAGGGUUUGGAGGGAAGCGUGCUGACCUAUCACUGCAAGGAAGGACAAUACCCUUUUCCGACAAUGCAAAGAGUCUGUGACAGGGAUGGGCAAUGGUCAGCCAUGAGACUCCCAAAUGGAAAGAGAACACUCAAUGCUGUGUGCAAGGAGAUUCUUUGCCCUGCUCAACUUCAGCUUGACAACGGGCAGUUCUGGCCAAGGAAGCAAUGGUUCAAGUUUGGAGAAAAACAGACCUUUUCAUGUCAUGAUGGAUUUGAUUUGUUCGGAUCUGCUGAGCGGAACUGCACUCAAUGGGGUGGAUGGACUGGUGCAACGCCAGUGUGUGAUGACCACUCUGAGGACUGCAAAAACCCAGGGGUCCCUCCAGGGGCCUCACGUUCUGGGGAACGCUUCCGUAUUGGAGACAGAGUGCGGUAUCUGUGUCAGUUAGGUCUGGAUAUGCUUGGCCCAUCUGAAAGAAAAUGUUUGGAUUCAAAGGAAUGGAGUGGGACAGAACCACGCUGCUAUGCCCAGUACUCAUUUGAUCAACCAGAUAUUGUUGCUCAGGCUUUAGGAGGAUCUCUGACUGCAGUUAUGGAUGUGUCACACCCUGACUUCAAAAAGAAAGGACAAUAUUUGGGUAGGACUGUUAGGGUUGAAGAAGGUCGGCUGAAUGUCUUCAUCCUUUUGGACACAUCAGGAAGCAUUUCACCGGACAGUUUUAAAAUGGCAAAAAAUGCCAUUACUGAACUUGUCCGUAAGCUGGAAAGCUAUGAAGUCCACAUGAAGUUUGACAUCAUCUCAUAUGCCAGUGAGCCCAAAGAAAUAGUGUCCACUACAAGCAUGGAUAGUCAUGAUAUGCAUGACAUCUUGAAGAAAUUAGACGAGUUUAAAUACACAAGCCAUGGGAAUAAGAAAGGCACCAAUCUGUAUAAAGCCCUAGAAAGCGUGUACAGUCAGCUGGGUUUCCUCAGGGAGACCAAGAGAAAUCAGUUCAAUGAGACUCAGAACGUCAUAAUCAUCGCAACUGAUGGCCACUCAAAUAUGGGACCCAACCCACAAACCAUGUUAGCAAAGAUCCGGAGCUUAUUGGGCUACAAACCCAGCAGUGUAGACCACACUCAAGAGGAGCUCCUGGAUGUGUAUGUGUUUGCUGUCGGAGGAGAAGUUAACAGGAAAGAUCUCACAAGCAUUGCCUCUUCCAAGAAAGAUGAGCAGCAUAUUUUUGUUUUGAAGGACUAUAAACAGCUGGGAUCAGUGUUCAACCGAAUGAUCAGUGAUUCUGCUGUGACGAAGUGUGGAGUGGCCCAAGAGGAAGAGUCUGAAAACUCUUACACCAGACCUUGGCACGUCGAUCUUCGCUGGGGGCCUACAACAUGCAGAGGGUCUAUAGUGACUAAGAGCAUGGUAUUGACAGCUGCUCACUGCUUAAUGAAGGUGACUGGAGAGUCUAUAUCAUUUGCCAGUGCUGCUGACAUAAAAGUUUACCAUGGUAAUGGUGAAGUUAAAGCCAUGGAGUUGAUACUUCAUCCAAAGUAUAAUUUGAAAGGCCUUAAGGACAAGAAUGUAAAUGAGUUUUAUGAUUACGACAUCGCUCUGAUUAGGCUGAGGGAAAACAUUACGGUAUCAUCACAGGCAAGGCCCAUUUGUUUGCCUUGUACCAAAUCAUCAAACCGGGCUCUCAGAUUGGAUGCAGACGCUACAUGUGAUAAGCACAAGAGUACCCUGCUCCCUCUGGAAGAGACUCCGGCUCAGUUCAUCAGACAGGGAAAUGAACGAGCAGACACCCACAUACAUAUUGGUGCAAAAAGAGGUGAAUGCAUGAAGAAAGCAAGAUCCACCUUCCCUGAAAACAGCACCGCAUCUCUGUCAGAAGUGAUCACAGACAGGUUCAUGUGCACUGGAGGAACAGAGAAUAACAGACAUAAAAUGACUUGCAAAGGGGAUUCUGGGGGAGCUCUGUUUCUACGUAAGAGGAUGCGAUAUUUCCAAGUGGCAGUCAUUAGCUGGGGCACUACGCAGACAUGUGACUCGAAGAAGGCUGUCGAAGAUGACCGGCCUCUAGACGCCCGGGACUUCCACAUCAGUGUGUUCUCUGUGAUGCCCUGGCUCAAGCAGCACCUUUACAAGGAGCUGGAAUUUCGUCCUUAGCAUAGUGCUGACUGAAACACAGGAAUGCAUAAGAAACUAUGCAGAUUUGAAUGAAUGUUUUCAAAGUGCAUGGUCUAUGAGUGAGCUAAUUUUAUCAGUUCAAGAUAAUAAAUAAAAACAGAUGAUUAUCUCA